AUGACUAACGAUGCUUCUACGGCUUAUAUCUGCAUCUAUUGUCCAUUCAAUUCGGACAAUCUAGAAGCACUCGAAAAUCAUUUGACAAGUGCACACGGGCAUGGAUGUCAAGAUGCACCAUCACUACUAACACAAUCUUCACCAUCAUCAAACAUUAUCAACAAGGCCAGUAAACGUGAGGCGCCUGAUGAUGAACAGCCUCAAUCUUCAUUGAAUGGUAUUAAAUCGACAAAAGAACAUUCAUCCGGAAUUAAACGAGUUAAACGAACAGUAUCACCAUCAACACCAACAAAUAUAUUUAUUAAUGGUGCUGAUAAUAAUUCAGAAUCAGAUGAUGAUCAUGAAUAUGAUGAUGAUGAUGAUGAUGACGAUAAUGAUGAUGAAGAUGAAGAUGAUGAACGAGAUUCAUCAUCAAAUCCAACAACAAUGUCACCUAAAGCUAUUUUAACAUGUCCAAUAUGUAGUUCAACAUAUCAUCGACUUGGACAUUUAUUACGACAUGCAAAACGAAAACAUCAUACUGAUUUAUCAAAUUAUGAUGGACAACAUACAUUUGAAAAUCUUACAUCACAAGUAAAUCAAAUUGAAACAUCUGAAAUUGAAAUCAAUUCAACUUCUAAAGAACAAAUAAAUUUAGCAAAUACCGAAGAUAUUGAACCAUCUGAAAAAGCAUCUCAACAACAAAAUGAAACAAUAUCACCAUUAGCUUCUGAAACAAAUGCAACAACUGAUUGUCCUUAUUGUGAUUAUAAAACAACUGAUAUUGAACAAUUUAAACUCCAUAUUAUAGCUCAUAUACGUGAUAAAAAUUAUCGAUGUUUAUUAUGCAAUCGUUUAUAUAAAUAUCGAGGUAUGAUUAAAGAUGUUUUGUUUAUUUGCUUUUCUUUUAUACUCAUUAAUUUCUCAUUAUCACAAAAAAAAGGUGAUUGCUCAUUUCAUAUACGUCGUAAACAUCAUCGAUAUAGUACAAAUUCCAAUGAUUAUAUUCAACGUUUUUUAUUCGAUACAACUGAAGGUGAUGAAUCUAUGUCAAAACAAUCCGGUGGACAACAUGGAACAUCAAUGAAUAGUUCAGUUCAUAAUAUAAAUACAGUACGUGAACAAGAUGAACCUGUACGUUAUUUUGGUUGUCCUUAUUGUGAUUAUACAUCAAACUACGGUGGAGAUGUUCGAAAACAUCAAGCACGUAAACAUCCAAAUGUUGAAUCAAAAGUUAUAAAAAUAAUUCGACAAGAUUCUGAACAUCAAAUGUCAUUAUCAAAUAAUAAUCAUAAUAACAAUCCUCAUAAUAUAUCAAAUGAUGAUGCUAUUGAUGAUGAUAAUCAUGAUCAAGAUGAGACAAAUACAAUAACUAAAUCAAAUAUUAAUUUAAUUGAACAACAAGAACGUAAAGAAAAAAUAAAAACAAUUAAAAAAACUGAUGCAAAUUUCAUUCAACAACAUUCAUCAACAUUAUCUAUCUUACCAAAUUUUGCACCUGUUCGAGUUUUUCAAUGUAGUUCAUGUCAUCAACAAGGAACAUAUAAAUGGGUUGUUGAAAGACAUAUACGUGCUAAACAUCCUGAACAACCAGAUGUACAUGUUAUUGAAUUACCAGCUGAAUUAGCUGUUAAAUUACAAAAAAUAACACCACCAUUAAAACGUUUUCGUUGUUCAUUAUGUCCAUUACAAUCGAAACAUACAUGGGUUAUUAUUCGUCAUAUUAAACAUUUUCAUACAUUACAAACAGCAUCUGUUCUAGAUAUACAACCCGAUGGAACACCAAUAAAUGAUGAAUCAUAUUCACUUCAAAAUGGAGAUUUUUCAAAUAAAUCUUAUCAUCAAGAUUCAGAAUCAUCAUCAGUAAGUAGUUCAUGUAUGGAAACUGGAACUGAUGGACAAAAUGAUUUAUUUCGUCAACAAGAUGUUGAAGAUGACGAUGAUGAAAAUGAUAAUAUUCGUUCAUCAUUAAAUCCUAAUUCAAAUAAUACAAUGAUAUUAACAUAUAAAUGUUCAUUAUGUGAAUUUACAUCAAAUGUUCCAUGGAAUGUUCAAAAACAUAUUAAUGAUUUACAUCCAGGACAAUCAAAUGCUCAUAUGUUAACACAAUGUCGAUCAGCAAUAAAUGAUAAAAAUCAAAAGUUACUAACAAAAAAAUCUAAACAUAAAAGUGGUAAUCAAACAACAAUAGCAACAGUAACAAAAAUACCAAUACGAGCUCCAUUAUCUCCAACAACUGCAUUAGCUAAAGCAAAAUUUUCACCAGCUGUUGAAGAAGCUUUACUUUCAUUACAAGGUUCAAAACUAAAUGCUGGUCUUUAUGCCGUACAACCCAAAUUUGGUAUUAAACGUUUAAAAUGUCGUCAUUGUUUUUAUCGUUCAAAUUGGAAAACUGAUAUGAUUCGACAUGUAAGAAUACGACAUAAUUUAACUGAACCUGAUCAUAAUAAAGAUAUGAUUUUAAUGAGUGAACAAGAAGCACGUGCAACAAUUGAAACAUAUGAAAAUACAUUUGGAAAAGAACUUCGACGACGUACAUUUCGAACAUGGAAUGAUUGGGCUAAAGCUGAAGAAGAAUUUACACCUAAAGAUGGUUCACUUCAAUAUAGUAAUAUUAACAGUGGAACAUUAUCUGAUGAUAAUAAUAAACCAAAGAAAAAUCCUGUAAUAACUGGACAAACAAUAUUAUCAUCAACAACAACAACUAAUGAUGAAAUAAAACGUAUAAAUAAAACUAAAGUUAAACAUGCAUCGAAAACAAUAACACAAAAUAAUAUACAACCAUUAUUAAAUACUAAAGAAUUUAAACAAUUGCCUAAUCCAUCAAAUAUUGUUUCUCGUCUUCUAUUAACAACAUCACCUUCACAAAAUAAUGAUGAUGAUGCACCAUUAGAUCUUUCACUUAAAUCAUCAUCGACUAUUAAACCAAAUCAACAAUCAUUAUCAUCGAAAGAAAUCAUACAACAAAAUGGAGAUAUUAAUAAUCAAGAAAAACAAUAUAUGGAUGAUGAUCUAGAUGAUGAAGAUGAAGAAGAAAAUUCUGAUGGAACUUCAACGGUUACUUAUAUAUGUUCUGUAUGUCCAUAUAAAAGUUCAUCUUUAUCCUCAGUUCAACAUCAUUUAAUAAUUCAUUUAACUGGUCAAGGUGUUAUUUGUCCACUUUGUUCCUAUGCAACAUCAUCUCCUAAUUCAAUGAUUCGUCAUAUGAAAAUUGUACAUCCAACUAGUCAAACAAUAAUUGAAUUUCAAUCAGCAACUCGAAUAACCAAUGCAAAUAUAAUUGAACAACAUCAAUGUCCAUUAUGUCCACAUCAAUGUGAACGUUCCGAAGCAUUAGAUCUUCAUCGUCGUCUUGAACAUGAUGAUGAAGAAUUUGAUAUUGAUUCAUCAUCAGACACUGGUGAUGUUGACAACGAAGAUGGAAUGGAAAGUGAUGAUAUACAGAUGCAAUUCGAUAAAAAUAAUAAUCUAUUUCAAUGUCCCGUAUGCACACCUUCGUCAAAUACAAAUAAUUAUUCAAAUCUUGAACAGUUUACAAUGCAUGUAUUUACUAAUCAUAUUAAUUAUAUGCAUAACAAUCAAUCAUGUCCAUUUUGUUCAUUUAUUGCUCACACAACAUCAAAAUAUUCCUUAACCGAACAUAUAAAACUUCAUUUUAAUGGUACACUUGUUCAACCAGAUCCAAUUGUUGGCAUUGAAAAUGUAAAAGAGUUAUUAAUUGAAUAG